AUGCCGCGAGACAGCCUCGGUCAUCACUCAGCUCUCGGUCGAACGCAGCUGGUGCCCUGGGAGACAAAAUUCACCUUGCUGCAAGCUUCAAUUAGCGAGGACCAGAGAGUAGUGGAACUUGUAGCCAAGUACGGCCCGAAGCGAUGGACGUUGAUCGCCAAACACUUGAAAGGCCGGAUCGGGAAGCAGUGCAGAGAACGCUGGCACAAUCACCUGAACCCGCACAUCAAUAAAACUGCAUGGACGGAAGACGAAGACGAGAUCAUUUACAAGGCCCACCUGCAAUGGGGAAACCAGUGGGCAAAAAUCGCCAAGCUUCUGCCUGGACGAACCGACAAUGCCAUCAAAAAUCACUGGAACUCCACCAUGAGGAAGAAAUACGAGGGAACCGUCUCAGUUCGCGUCAGGAAAUCCAGGACGAGCAAGAAGAAAGCAGUCGCACGUGUUGAUUCUUCGACAGAGGGGUAUUCACAAGCUUCGGACGACCAAAGAGUUAUGAGUGCAUUAGGUUCAGCGUCGACAAGUCACGUGUAUUCCACUCCGUAUCCAUGCACGCCGUCGCCGUCGUCGACGAGCUCCGCGGAUGCUGCUGUCUAUGCCCACCAUUCGGGCUACGAAACCAUUCAAAAGCACCAGCAGCAUCAUUACCAACGGCUUCAACACCACCAAAGCCAUGUGGCGACACAUGCGAUGCACCAGUAUGCUGUACAAAGUCACCCACCGACACCAGUGUACGUUGGCGAACAAGCGUCGUCGUCGCAGUCCGACUGGCAUCAGCCGUCGUCCGAAUAUAGCGUCGAAGAAGGAGAAUCCAUGUACAAAAUUUUACCUUUGGAAUCCCACGAAGAGGCUGCGCAGACGUCGCCGUCCAAGAGCAGCUAUUUUUUGUCUCCGUUCAAAUCAAUAUUGAUGUGGGAUCCGAAGAACCCGGGUGCGAUGUCGAAUGCAAAGAUGGCGUUGGAUUUCGACAACGUGAAAACAGAACCCUUGGAUGACUCCGUUGUUGAACGACUUUCCCAAUCGGAAAAUGAAUCCUGGCGUUUCAGGGAUGACGAAGGCGUUGGGCUUGUCACAACUCUGUCCUUUUCACCUUUGGCUUCGACUCAGAGAAGCACACCAAAGGAACUUCGGAAUAAUGGUGAGAUUUUCGAUAAUGGCGCUGUUGAUCAUAAUUGA